CACACACCCUCUUCUCUCUAUUCCUAACGGCACACUCACACCAGAGAGCUGGCCGCUGGCCGCUGGCCGCUGGCCGCUGGCCGCUCACCUCGACAUCACCACCACCGCAAGAUCGCCGGCGUCUCCGCCGUCGCCGCGCCUCUUUCCUCCGUCUGAGCUUGGCUUCUCGCGCGUCUCUCGCCUCUGCGUCUGGUCGAGCUGUGCUUCACUGCUUCUUGCUCGUCAGCUCGUGUCCUCGCCAUCACUGCACCCACCGUCCCGCCUCUCUCCUCCGUCUCCUCUCGGCUUCUCGCGUCUCGCCGCGCCUCUCUCCCUCGUCGCAUCUCUGCUCGAGCUGUGGUUCCUCCUUGCUGCGCCUCCCUCCGCCUAUCCUCCGUCUCUGUGGGUGGUUAUUGCGGCUCGUCCCUCGUCGUCUGUGGUUGUUGCUGCCUGCACGCUGCCGUGCGUCAUUGAUUCUGCCGUGCGUCUCCACUCGUUGGACGACCACCGAAGGCAGGGACCUUCAUUUUUUCCAAAUUUGAAUUUGAUGCAAUCAAGUGAUAGCUGACGCUCUACCUCUUGGUCUAGCACUGACACUAUGUCUAUCAAGUUCUGCUUCUCAUUACUUCAACUGUGGUACUUGGUAGGCAGACAUGUGUCAAGCAUUAAUCCAAUUGAUGUCCUAUUAUUAAGAUCUUAGAUAUUAGAUAUGAUUGUGAGCAAGAGAGACUUAAACACUCUCUUCUCUCUCUCACGCUCUCUACUCCAUCUCAAGUCCAAAAUCAUUCUCUCUUUCUCUUUACCGCAAUCCUUCUCUACCUCUUCAGAUGACACCCUUGAAGGUUUGGUCCACCCUGACGACCCCUUCUUACACCACACUUCGCCCCCAGCCCCCGAUUUGUCACCCGACUAUGCAUUCCUCCGCACCACUGUCCUCAAUUCAACCACUACUGUGCAUUCUGACGACCCUUCCCACGAUGCUAUUUUGAUGUCCGAUGCCAUCAGGAACACUAAUGACAGCUUUGGUGCCCAAACGCAGAAACUUUUCAGGCAAUUCAGGGGGAGAUUAACUGAGGCUUUGGUGGUGCAGAUGAUGUGCAAUGUGAGACACCCUGAAUUGUGUGUCAAUUUUUUCUUGUGGGCGGGGAGACAAAUAGGGUACACCCACACCCCUGCGGUAUAUGAUGCGCUCCUCGAUGUGUUGGGCUGCAAUGGCAGUGGUAGAGUGCCCGAGAAGUUUUUGCGGGAAAUAAGGGAUGAUGAUAAGGAGCUGCUUCAAAAGCUGCUCAAUUUUUUUAUUCGGAAGUGUUGCCGGAACGGUCUGUACAAUGCAGCGUUGGAGGAGCUCGGCAGGCUUAAGGAUUUCGGGUACAAGCCUUCUCCAACCACUUACAGUGCUUUGAUUCAGGUUUUCCUUGGUGCUGGUAAAUUGGACAGUGCUUAUUUGGUUCACAAGGAGAUGGAGAGUUACGGGUAUGGUAUGGAUGGGUACACUCUCAGUUGUUUUGUGUAUUCUCUCUGCAGAGCAGGGAGGUACAGGGAUGCUCUCAAUUUGAUUGCAAAGGUAGGUUAUAUGCCCGAUACGGUAUUUUACAAUAGGAUGGUUUCUGGUUUGUGUGAAGCUUCACUUUUUGAAGAAGCCAUUGAUAUCUUAAACCGAAUGCGUUCUAGUUCUUGUAUUCCGAAUGUUAUGACUUAUAAGAUCUUGCUUUCUGGUUGCUUAAGGAAAGGGCAGCUGGGGAGGUGUAAGAGAAUUCUUAGUAUGAUGAUUACUGAAGGAUGUUAUCCAAAUCGUGAGAUAUUUAAUUUUCUUGUACAUGCUUAUUGUAAAUCAGGGGAUUACUUUUAUGCCUACAAGUUGUUUAAGAAAAUGGUAAAAUGUGGGUGCCAGCCAGGGUAUCUACUUUAUAAUAUAUUGAUUGGUAGUAUAUGUGGCAAUGUGGAGCUGCCUAUCUCGGAUGUGCUGGAAAUAGCUGAGAAAGCUUAUGAUGAGAUGCUUGAUUCAGGGGUUGUAUUGAAUAAGGUCAAUGUAGGUAACUUUGCACGGUGUCUUUGUGGGGCUGGAAAGUUUGAUAAAGCCUUUAAGAUAAUAUGUGAAAUGAUGAGCAAGGGUUUUGUUCCAGAUGAUAGUACAUAUUCUAAAGUGAUUCGUUUUCUAUGUAAUGCCUCCAAGGUAGAGAAGGCUUUUCUUUUGUUUGAAGAAAUGAAAAGGAAUGGCAUUGUUCCCAGUGUUUACACCUAUACUAUUUUGAUUGAUAGCUUUUGCAAAGCUGGUCUCAUCCAACAAGCUCGCAAAUGGUAUGAUGAAAUGUUAAGGGAUGGUUGCACGCCUAAUGUGGUGACGUAUACUGCACUUAUUCAUGCAUACCUGAAGGCAAGAAAGUUGUUCGAUGCAAAUAAACUAUUCGAGGUGAUGGUACUUGAAGGUUGCAAGCCAAAUAUUGUUACAUAUACAGCUUUGAUAGAUGGUCAUUGUAAAGCUGGGCAGAUUGAAAAAGCUUGCCAGAUUUUUGCCAGAAUGCAAGGUGACAUAGAAACCUCUGACAUGGACAUGUAUUUCAAGUUGGAUGAUGAUAACAACACCGAAGAACCAAAUGUUAUUACAUAUGGGGCUUUGGUGGAUGGUUUAUGCAAAACAAGCAGGGUUAAACAAGCCCGUGAAUUGUUGGAUACUAUGUGGGCACAUGGGUGUGAACCGAACCAGACAGUCUAUGAUGCUCUUAUAGAUGGGUUCUGCAAGGCAGGAAAGCUUGAGGAUGCACAGGAGGUGUUUGCAAAAAUGUUGGAGCGUGGAUACAGUCCCAGUCUAUACACCUACAGCUCUUUAAUUGAUUGUCUGUUUAAAGACAAACGAUUGGAUCUUGUUUUGAAAGUUUUGUCCAGGAUGCUAGAGAAUUCGAUUGCUCCUAAUGUAGUUAUUUACACAGAGAUGAUUGAUGGGCUCUGUAAAGUUGGAAAGGCUGAUGAAGCCCACAAGCUAAUGCUUAAGAUGGAAGAAAAGGGUUGUAAUCCCAAUGUUGUUACUUACACUGCAAUGAUUGAUGGCUUUGGGAAAUUAGGAAAAAUUGAACAGUGCUUUGAGCUAUUGAGAGAUAUGUGCUCAAAGGGUUGUGCUCCAAACUUUAUUACCUAUAGAGUAUUGAUUAAUCAUUGUUGUUCCACUGGCCUCUUUGAUGAGGCACACAGACUAUUAGAUGAAAUGAAACAAACAUAUUGGCCUAGGCAUAUAUCAAGCCAUCGUAAAAUUAUUGAAGGUAUUAACCGAGAGUUCAUAGCCUCAAUAGGGCUUUUAGAUGAGUUGGUUGAGGAUGAAUCAAUCCCUGUUGAUUCUUUGUAUAAAAUUUUGAUUGAUAACUACAUCAAGGCUGGAAGAUUGGAAGUUGCAGUGAAUCUGCUUGAAGAGAUUUCGUCAUCUCCAAGCAUUGCAAUGGCCUGCAAGUAUUUGUAUACUUCUUUAAUUGAGAGUCUUUCACAUGCAAGUAAGGUUGAUAAAGCCUUCGAGCUGUACGCAAGCAUGAUAAGUAAGAAUGUUGUUCCAGAGCUUAGCACAUUAGUCGACCUCAUCAAAGGCCUUACUCGGGUUGAUAAGUGGCCAGAAGCACUACAAUUAUCAGACAGCAUAUGCCAAAUGCAUAUCUAUUGGGUCAAUGAAGAGGGAACCAGUGUAAAUUAAAUGAUGAUGCACAAAUUGAAUGUAAUGAAGAAAGUGAGUGAAUAGAAGGAGGAUAAAGAGUGGUCAAGCUGGUGUAGGUUUAGCAGCUUUAGAACCAUCAUUGAUUGGGGAACCCGCAGAUCCAUUUGCAACUCCUUUGGAAAUAUUGCUGGAAUGUUGAUGCAAUAUCAGCAGCAAUUAUGCAAGCAAAAUCAGGUCUCGGAGUAAUAUUAAGAUUCUCUUCAGUGCCAAUUAAUCUGCAAGGUUUUUAGUUUAUCAGCUUAAUGAGUUUGAAAACAAUUUAUUGAUGAGAUUCAUCUAAGAGACGAAGAAGAGCAUGAUGAUGAUGAUGAUCAAGAUGAUCACGAGCCUUCAAGGUUGCUACUAUUGCAAUGCCUCCUAAAACGGUAGGCCAUUCUAAUAACAUAGCAAAGGACAGCAAUGAAGCAUGCCAUGCCAAUUAGAAGGAAGAGAGCCUAAAAAGCUUAGUCUCAAGGCUAUCUAUGCCUUGCUUUGCACCUUUUGAGAUGCAAGCACUUCUCUAAGUUUUAGGAUAGCGGUUGACAUGUGAAUUGCAAGGGGAGAGUUCUUUGGGAAGCCCUACGACAUUCAAAUCUUGUAUAAAUAUGUAUUUAAAGAAGGCUCUUUAAUGUUGAUAUUUUGGACAAAUUAGUAUAGUGUACAAUUCUCAGGUUUAAUAAGUACUUACAAAAUUCUCACAAGGUCAGACACUCAUGUUUGUUGGGUUGAGAUUGCAACUAAAAUUUCAGAUCCGGGACUCAAUUUCGGUCCCUUCAAUAUUUUCAAAAAGUGAGGACACAUGGACUGAUGGAUCAUCUAAAUUUUGAAUUUCACUUUAGAGAGUAAAGUUUGAUUUCUCACCCUUGAAUGGUUUGUCUCAUAUUUUAUUUUGGUCGUCCCUAUGAAAUAAAUGGUGAGAGAUCAAACUUUACUCUCUAAAGUGAAAUUCAAAAUUUAGAGGAUCCAAAUCCGAAAUUUUUGGGGAGAUUGAAAUUUAAAUAACAAUUUCAGCCUAAAAUACCCUUAGUCCAAAUUGUUAAUUCCAAGUUUACCCAUUUUGCAAAAUCAAAUUAGGGCACAUAUAUCAUCUUCUCAGACCAGAAGCUUCCAAGCAUCGAAGAUUCCUAGGUCGAGCUUUUGCCACAUUGCCGCUGUCAGGACCACCUCCUCCUUCACGUCACCAUCGCAGCCACCGUAGUUAGGUGAGUCGUCGUCACAAUUUUAUAACUCAAGUUCGUAGCCAGUGUUGUCAUCUCAUCUUCGACGCAGGACGAGCAUCAACUGCCUCCACUUGGAGCCUCUGUCUUGUCGUUGCUGUGAGGAACACGACAUAAAUUUCGCCGUCGUAGCCACCGUGAGCUGGGUGAGUCGCCGUUGCAUAUGUUCUUUUCCAUUGUGUUCUGAUCUCGUUUUUUGCAAUCGCAGGACCAGCGUGCCAGGACUCCGCCCUCUCGCCGCCGCCAGGACAACCACGUCCUCGUCGUCGUUAGCUUGCCACCAUUACCUAGGAAGGAAUGGAGUCGUUCGGAAAUUGUAAAACAAUGUUGAUUUUUAUCAAAUGAUGAGAUUGAGGAAGCACCAGACGAGAUGAUUGAUGUGGUUGAAAAUACAAAUGAGUGGACAUAAUGGCGUGACAACAUUGCAAUUGAGAUGUACGAAGAGUGGCAAACAAUUCGUACAGAAUAGGAAUAGGCGCAGUUUGAAUCUCCUUGUUUAAUUUGGCAUGACUCUUGUGAUGUAAUAGCUUAAUUUGUGUUUGUAAGACUAUCUAUUGUACGGGUAAAUUCAUUGUUAUUGAAAUUUAUAAAUGGUUAUCGUAAGAGUUGUUUGUAAGACUUUCUAAAGUAUUAAUAUGACUUACUAUUGCGUUGUUUGAUGUUAUUUGAGGUGAUGUUUGAUUUCAUUGGAUUGUACAACUUAUUCAUGUUACACGUCUUAGGUGAGAAUGGACAAAACACGUGGACUGAUGAAGAAACUAAAGCAUUUAUUGGUUUUAUGGAGGAGUGUGUUGUUGACAGUUUGAAAGUUGAUUGUGGACAAUUUAGACUAUGGACUUUUGAAAAAUUAGCCUUAACGAUGCUGGAGGUGUUCCCAACUUAUAUGCUAACAGUUAAGCAUUGCAAGAAUAAGCAUAAGCGACUCAAAGAGAAGUAUCAAUAUGUCUCUGAGAUGAUGGCUUGCAAUGGAUUUGGAUGAAAUUCUGAUAAACAGCGUGUAGAUGUUGACAAUAGAGAUGCUCUUGAAGCAUGUAUAAAGGUCGUUAACAAAAUUACUUAAUAUGAUUUGUCACUUCAGAAUAUGUAUAUUAACUUCUAUAAAUUUUAUGGCAGACACACUCGACCAAAUUCUAUAUUCCCUGGUCAGCCAUUCUCUUUGUUCCACACGACUGGAGGGUAUAUCCGGAAAGGAUCGAGUCACGAGUGUGGGUGUAGUGGAUAGUUUUGAUGCACAGGAACAAGUUUAUGAGGAAGAUGAAGAUCAUAGUCCAGAUGUGGACGAUUUUGGAAUGUCAGCAAAUCCAAGUUUUGAUGAAGGACAAAGAGUAGUUUCAUACUGAUGCGUGAGCAUCUUUCCUAUUUUUUCUAGUGAAUUUGCAUUUAAAUUGAAUUUAAUCAAGAAUUAAUUAUCUUUUAGCCACUAUGGAUGCUACUUUGAGUCGUGUGCAAUUCUGUUUAUUUUAGGUAGCAUUUGGCUAGAUUUGAUGGAGUAUUCGCAGACAAAGAGAAGAAGGCGAAUGAUGCUGUCAACCCUGACCUCUCUGCACUUAAACCUGUAUAACUCAAGCUACAGAUGUUCAAUGGACGUGAUUUCAGUGGCUUUGGAAAGCUAACUUCCAGAGUUUUUCAACGAUGUAUAAUAGUCCAUACUUCUCAAAACACGCUGUUGUUGUGUCUUGCAAAAAUAGAAGGAACACAAGAAUUAAAGGAGAUAACCAGCGAGGAGCGACGCGUGCGCGUACCUGACGCGUACGCGUGACAUGCGCCACGUGCAGAAAACGCUGAUUGCUAUAAUUAAUUCUGAUUUAAAUUUUUAUUUUUAUUUUAAAAAUAGGAAAAGAUAUUAUUUAGAUUUUAAAUUAAUUAGGAUUAGAUAUAAAAGAGAGAAGAAACUUCUCUUCUAGGGGAUUCCACUUUUCAUUC